UUCAAGGUUUCCAACCAUUACCAAACAUCCACAACAGCCAAGACCAAAUCUUUCGAUAUGUCCACUGAAGUUCCAUCAUAUCCGUCUCUCACACCCGAUCAACUUGGCUACUGCGUCGAAGCUCUCGAGGUUUUCAAGGCCAAACGGGCUGAUCAACCACUUAUUGUGAAAGAGUUCGAAUACUUUAAGAAACAUGCUCAUGGUGAAACGCGCGAAUCAGAAGUUAAUGGCGGUUGCUUGGUGGCUAAACUAGAUGUUAACAAGGCAAAAAACCGCUGGCCAGAUGUUUUAGCAUUUGAUGGAAAUAGGAUUGUUAUUGAUCCAUGCAAAGAUAGCAGGCCAUCAUCAAUGGGAUACAUCAAUGCUAGUUAUAUCACAUCAGAGGCUAACCCAUCGGAAAGUGUUUCGCGCUUCAUAGCGACUCAAGGCCCGCUUCCUGAAACCUUUGAAGAUUUCUGGGAAAUGGUACUCCAAAAUCAUUGUCCAGCAAUUGUGAUGCUCACCAAGCUAGUUGAUGACAACAAGAAAGUGAAAUGUGGAGAAUAUUUUCAAGCAGAAGAUGGUCCAAGAAUGUUUGGAAAUAUUUGUACUGUCACAAGAAAUAUACCUACAACUGAUAGCUUACUAGUUUUGUGUCACAUGCUAGUGAACCGUGAAGAGUCAGAGGAUCCACCUCUACCUGUUUGGCAUAUUCGAUAUCCUGAAUGGCCUGAUCAUGAAGUUCCGCCUGACACCUUGGCGGUUCGAGAGAUUUUUAAAAGAGUAUGGCAUAUUCCAUCAUCAAAAGGGCCAAUUGUGGUGCAUUGCAGUGCGGGAAUUGGUAGAACCGGAACAUAUUGUGGAGUUCAUAACACCAUUCAAAGAAUUUUAGUUGGUGACAUGUCAGCCUUGGAUCUUGAUAAAACCAUAAGGACUUUUAGGGAUCAGAGGAUGGGAAUGGUCCAAACAUUGGAUCAAUAUGUCUUCUGUCAUGAUGCUAUUAUUGAUGUACUUGAAGACCUUAUCUCAGAAUCCAACAUUUAAGAGAACGUAAAAUGAUUGGUGAUGACUAAAGUAAAUGCUCAUGAAGGGCCAAAAGCUCCUUACAAUUGUUCCAUUUUAAACCGAUUUGUCAUAGUAGCAACUUCA